AUGCAGCCCGCGAAGGUUCGUGUUGAGGAAAAAGAUCAGGACACGCUGGAGUGUGUUCUGCGAUUGCCUCUUCGAGCUGCGGAACCCGCGCAAAUCAUGAUACAGGUGCUGCGCGUGGAGCCGCCCGUGCCCGGGACGUCAAGGGAGGUUCAGCUUUGGGCGGAUGAUAGCACACGGUCUACAGUCUACGUCAAAAUAGAGGCGUCACAGGAACGUUCACUACGCGCGGCAGUAGGAGCACUGUUGGAACAGGUCAAACUUAUUUUGAGGACGAUGGACGCAUUCCCUGUCAUUGCACGCCACAAUGCGUAG